GAUCGUUGAUAUUCACCUAACGAAGCCGCGUCCUGCUCCAAUCAAGAUGCAGUGCAGCUGCAGCCCCUCAGUCGGACACCUUUCAUCACCGUACUGGAGUCGAACCGUGCUGUUCCCCGACUGGGCCUACAAGCCGGCCUGGUCUCCAGGCUCCCGGCAGGUUCAGCUCUGGCACUUCUUACUGGAGCUGCUGGGCCGGGACGAGGGGGGGGCCAUCGGCUGGGGAGGGGAGUGGGGCGAGUUUGUCAUCCGGGACCCCGAGAGGCUGGCCAGGCUGUGGGGGGAGAGGAAGGGCAAACCGCACAUGAACUACGACAAGCUCAGCCGGGCGCUCAGAUACUACUACAACAAACGCAUCCUGCACAAGACCAAAGGGAAACGAUUCACCUACAAGUUCAACUUCAGCAAACUCAUCCUGGUGAAUUAUCCAGGAUUUCCACCGGCAGCGAGUCAUCAGCCCAUCCCGACCCCCCGGGCCCUCCACGGCCCCUUCCCCUUCAUCUCCGCCCCUGCACGUCCCUCAGGGGGCAACCUGAGGGAGCUGAGGGCCGUCCCGUCUCUCGCCUCGGCCCGCCACACGGGCUGGCAGCACAAGACCCCCGCAGGGUGGGAUCUGAGCCACAUCAGUCGGAGUCUGCUCGGUGCAGCCAGGGAGAGCGCCGGUCAAGGAGAGGAGAGGAGGACGAGGAGUGACCCUCACUUGGGGGAGAGGGAGUGA